AUGGCAGCUUCUUCCUCAACACCAAAUUCUGCGUCGGUCGCUUCGUGUGCUCCAACGUUCAAACCGACCAAUAGCAAAGACAUAGGAUGGAAAUAUAAUCAUUUGAAGGAAUUGAAUAACCGGAAGAGAGUCACAUGUGAUUUCUGUAAUUUAACCAGCAGUGGGGGAAUUAGUCGGGCAAAAAGGAAUCAAGCAGGAAUUCAAGGUGACGUAGUUCCUUGUUCGAAAACACCCGAGGAUGUUAAGGCUAUAUUACGUGCUGACAUGUUUGAGAAAGUAAAAAUUAAGAAAGGAAUACAAGAAAUUGCGGUGCAAAUAGAUGCGGAUGAUACCAUGGAUAUCGAGGAAAUAAGUAGGAUUCGAACCGGAAAGAGGCUUGCUGAGGGUGAGACCUCUUCAAUAGCCGUCAAGAGGACUAAAGGGCCAUUAGAUUUGGUGUAUAAGAAGGCUAAGGACACAAGCAUCAAUGAUGCUUGUGAUAAAGAAGCAAGGGCAAGAACCAUCCAGUAUGUUGCUCGCUUUUUUUAUACAUGUGGAGUUGCUUUUAAUGUAGCAAAUGCAAGAGCUUUUAAGUUGAUGUUGGAAGCCGUUGGGAGCUAUGGUCCUCAUUUGAAGCCACCAAGUUAUCAUGAACUUAGGGUUCCACUUCUUAAAAAUGAGUUGGAAUAUACGAAAGGUUUGUUGAAAAACCAAGAAGUGCAAAGGAACAAAUACGGUUGUUCAAUUAUGUCGGAUGGUUGGACGGAUAGAAAAGGUAGAACAUUGAUCAAUUUCUUGGUCAAUUGCCCGGUGGGGACCAUGUUUGUGAAGAGUGUGGAUGCUUCUGACUAUGCAAAGACGGGGGAUAAGCUAGCCGAGUUGUUGGACACAUUUGUUGAAGAAAUGGACCUUAUGUUAGAAGACAUAGGCAAAAUUCCAAAGGUGAAAAAGGUUAUACAAAAAGGGAUUAAGGUUGUGGGCUACAUUUAUAACCAUACGUUUGCUUUGAAUUUAAUGAGAAAGACUACCGGCAAUGUUGAAUUGGUUAAACAAGGAGUGACCAGGUUUGCUACCCACUUCCUUUGUCUACAAAGGAUGCAAGAGCUGAAAGGAAAGCUUAGAGAGAUGUUCCUUUGUGAAGAAUGGACAAGUUCCAAGUGUGCCAAAGAUGCUAAAGGAAAAAGAGCAGCUACUACUAUUCUUAAUGUAUCAUUUUGGAGUGAUGUUCUCUACACUCUCAAGUGCAUGGUGCCUCUUGUAGAUGUGCUAAGAAUGGUUGACAAUGAAAGGAAACCCGCAAUGGGAUACAUAUACGCCGCAAUGGGGGUAGCGAAGGAAUCGAUUGAAAAAGCUUUCAGUUUAAAUUCAAGCAAAUACAAAGCAGUUUUUGAAAUCAUUGAUAAAAGAUGGGAGUGUCAACUUCAUCAUCCGCUACAUGCUGCAGGUCACUAUCUCAAUCCUGAAUAUUAUUAUUCUAAUCCAGAAAUUGAGUCCGAUGCUAGAUUGGUGAGAGGCCUCCGUAAGUGCAUUGAGAGACUUAGUGAAAGUGAAGAUGUGGAGGAUUUGAUUUCAGUAGAAUUGGCACAAUACCGGGGUGCUACAGGUCUCUUUGGUAUAAAAGCGGCAAUGAGACAAAGGUCGACAUUAGCUCCAGCUGAGUGGUGGAAGUCUUAUGGAGCGGAAACUCCGCAUUUGCAAUUGUUGGCUAUUAAAGUGUUGAGUUUGAGUUGCAGUGCUUCCGGAUGUGAGCGUAACUGGAGCAUAUUUGAGCAUAUUCACUCCAAGAAGAGAAAUAAAUUGGAACAUCAAAAAUUGCAAGACUUGGUGUUUAUCAAGUAUAAUCAAGCUUUGGUAGAGAGGAUUGAAAUUCGAGAUAAAAUUGAUCCUAUGGAAUUUAGCGAAAUUAAUUUCCACACCAAAUGGUUGGUGGGAGAGAUGGAAAAGGUAGGAGAUGAUGGUGAAGAAUUGGUUGAUCCAAAUCAUGAUUUAACUUGGACUCAAGUUGCCGAAGCUAGUGGGGCUAAUGAGCCUUUAAUCUACACUAGGAGGUCAAUGGCACGACCACAAACAUCAAGUCCACCAAGAGCAACAAUUGCACCAAGAGCAACAAUUGCACAACACGUGGUGGUAGAAGAGUACUAA